UCGAGCGAGUGGUUUUGUGUCCGACAGUUGUGCUCCAUGCGUUUAGACGCCGCGCGCGCGGUCAGAGUUCCAUCCAUCCAUCUUUAGUUUGAAUUGGUAAACAGACUGUGAUUGAUGAUUUGUUCAAUAGUGACUUGUUCUGCGAGAAACCGUGGAUCCGGUUCUUCGGAGAACCUAAAAGUGCACAAUCUCUACGGUUUGUGGGUGCCCUAGUUAGGGUGAGUUAAGCCACCUUAUGUAACGUGACUCCCGUGCGCGCAUUGACCGUAUCGGGGUUCAAUCAAGCCGAAGACGAAUCCGAGAAGCUGAAUGAAAUAUACGGACUUGAUUCAAGUAACCCCAGUAGGAGUGAUAUUUUUUUGUUUGGUUUCUCGGUCUUCUUGAUACUGUUUGUUCAACCCCUUCGAAACGCCACGCAGUUUAUAAUUAUUUUGACCAGUUUUUCACCUUCGGUAAGAGGCUCUUUUGGCUCUUUUCGUAAAAAGUGCAAACACACAGUGAAGAAGCUACAGGAAGAUAAGAAAAACGAGUUUCAUCACUACUGUGACGUGAAGUGAACUGUAUUAUUUUAGUGUGUUUUACUGGGCGACGAACAGCCGUGCGGUUGGGCAACAGGUAGAAGUGUGAUUGGCGGUUUGUUACUUGAGCCGAGCGGGCUGGUUUUGUUGUUAUUGCUGUAGUAGUGGUGGUGAUUCCUGCUAGAGGUCCAGGCACGGAUAAGCCUACUCAUAGACCCGUGCUGGUGGUUCCAAGUGGGUGACUUGCAACGGCAGGGGAAGCUCGCGGGAUGCUUCGUGGCCAGCCUCCACACACACUGGAUGGAAUAUGCUAAUGAGAAUCGACAAGUCAAUAAAUUAUGAACGCAGCUGAAGACGGAUGUUGUUCUGAAGUACUUCUUUUUACUUCGCUGCCUCAUACGGUUAUUGCCUAUAUGCGUUGUGGAGGCGAAUCAGCACCAGAAAGAGAUUGAAAAUCGAAAGUUGCGAAACAGUUUUGUGCGCGAUUGUGGAGAUCUGAAAAGGUGUUGUUGUUUAUUAUAGUCCGACAGAGGCUCAAGGAAUUCUCCUGGCCACGGCUAAUCAGCUUGCUAAUCCUAUGCCAGCUGCACAUACAAUAGAGUGACAGAUAGCGCUAGUGAGGAAAAAUUGUGUGUGUUGUAUGUGGUGUGCUUUCGACUUAAACGCUGAGCUACCGAGUUAAAAGCGAAGUUUAUCUCGCACGUGGAACCACUGGAGGAAAACAACAACAGCCUGAAGUUCAACGCUAACGAUGGAUUGUGUGUUAAUUGUCUGAUUGGUGCCCGACGCAAAGCAAACGACCGCUCGCUCGGCCAUCAAUGACAGCCUGAGCCGCAGCAAAGCCGACCAACCACUUGAUAACGAAGCAAACAAGCAGCGAAAUUCCGUGCGGUUUGAGUAAUAACCAUCCAGCAUCCAUCGACAUCCCGAAAAGUGCGCACUCACACCAUACCGUCGUCGAUACGAAUGUAAAAAGUUGCAAAACCGGAGCUGCUGAAAAAUAUUUCUCAAAACGGGAGAAAACGACUCCUGCAGCAAAAUAAAUGAAUAAAAGCAUCGGCGGAGAACUUCUCGUUACAAUCACCAUCCUGGCCUGCCCAGGUCCGAUCAGAUUCGAGCAAGUAUCCCAUCUCGCGCCGAGCGAUUGCAUAUAUGAAUACAUGAAAAGUCCGAUUUCCAGCGUUUGAACAGAAGAAAUCCAGUUUUGCUGCAAGCUGCGGUCCCUGUUCCGGACAGACCACCGCCCACUUCCCGCGCCAGGUCCACCGAUUGGCGAAGAUCAAUUUCGCCAGUUCGAGACGAAAACCGGCCCUUACUGCUCUUUGUGUGUAUGCGAUUCAGCCAGGCCAAGCCAGGGCACAUUCUUUCACUGAUUUAUGCAUGCUCGAAAUAAGGCGCAUUUUCAGCAACAGACCAGCAAAAAAUAUCAGUGUAUCAGCAAGGCAACGAAGAAAAAGCACCAAGACCGGUUGCCGGCUGUAUUGGUGGUGCUUCACUGAGCAACUGGUUCUAGAUCGGUGGUGGUCCCUUUACGCCACUUGACCCGCCAAGAGGAUCCGAGCGGGUUUAAACUGGCUACGAGCGAACGGAGUGAUCGUCCGUGGAGGUUCUACAUGAGUGCACCGUGCGAUCACGCGGACUGUGAUCUUGCAACUGAUACUGUUCGGUGUGAAAAGAAUGUUUCAAUGUGACUUCACAGCCAAUCAAAAUAGUUUCAGCAGGAAUAAUCGAACGGAAAAACGGUUCGGCUAAAAGUGGAAAAGUGUGCAGUGCGAAUGAAAACUUCCUCAAGUUUUUCUUACCGAUGAAAAGUGAUUCAUUCAACGAAAGAAAAUCGGUGAAUGACUGAAAACUAAGCGAAGCUUUAAAAAGAGGGUAAGAUUAGCAAGAAGAAAGUGUGCAAGGUUUAGAAAACAGAAACAAAAUAUACGAAAAAUAUCGUCUCCGAGAGUGUUUUUGUGUGAACACACGUUUGUUUUUGUUCCCCUUUGUCUAUCCAUCUAUUUUCAUCCAAAAGGGGGCAACAUAAGAAACAAGAGAAAAAAAUUACCAUACCUAGACCCAAUGCAAUUAAUCUCCCCGGCAACUCUAGUGGAGUGAAAACUUGGGGCCAAGUGUGGUUUUUAAUAGUGUGUAAAGUUUUCGACAAAGAUUUUUCUUGUUUUGGUUUAAAUUAUUCGGCUGUUUCCGGCUGUUUGGCGUGUCCCCAAUAGGGUUAGAGCAGAGAACGCGUUGCUAAUCGUGAAAUAAAUUCAAGAUCACUUAUGCUGUAAAUAGACGAUAUCGAAGAUGAACCUGUGAAAUCCCAAACUGGUGCCACUUCUUGAUUUCGACGCUGAAGUCACGGUCAUAGCAUUGAUAAUACGCAUCUAGCAAAAUGCCAACCUAAAUAAGCAAACUGCAAAGCACUCCUGCCGGCACUUGGAGGACCAAUUUUGCGCCCGUGCAAGCCUGCUGAGCGCGCAACAUCGAAAGUAAAACAGUUGUAAUAACAGUGUGCAUCCCGUCGUCAGCGUGCUGGAGGGCCGAUGGAGCAACAGGUUAUUUAGCAGCUGAUAUUGAAAAUAAUGAACCAUUUGAUAAAGGGCUCGGAAUAUCGCAGUUGUUCCAAUUAAUUCGCAUUCGCAACAGCGAACGAGCAAGCAAGGUACCUCGGUACCUCGCGCGGCGGACGGACGUAACAGUGAGCGAGGCCAAAGCGGACGCUUAAUCGUGUGACCUAGAAAGAGACGGCCCGCCGGUAAUUUCAAGUCUCGACUCAAGUGUGCAUGCACGGUGCAUCCUGCGGUGGAGUGACGAAAGUUCAAGCAGCAGAAAAUCCGUUCUUAUGAUCGUUCAAACGGGCCAAAGUGGAAAGUUUCCCGCAGCAGCACGAAACCAGUGGCGUCAAUAUGAGUACGAACUCACCGGGAACGCCGAAGAAAUGUCGGCUGAUACUACAGCAGUGCCUGGCAAUUCAGCUCACCAAACCGGGCAACCCACCGGAGGAUUUCUGGAUGUACGAUAGCGGCUAUACGAUAUUUCAGAAUUUCCUUUCGGCAAAUCUGCAAUGUUGGUGGAAUGCUCCGCUGGCAGCGGCUACGAAAGUACUGAAAUAUCUCGGCCACAUUUCACCCGGAAUGCUGCUGAUAACGGCCGAACCAUGCGCUCUGGAAAUCAUCAGAAGUGCCUACGCACGAAGCGUCCUCAAGCCACCGGCCACCUAUCUGAUAAAUUCCGUAGGUGACAUUGACGAUUGCAUCGUGACGCCGAUAGUGCAAACACAGUUUACGCCACUCACCGAGGCACUUUGUGACGUCAUUAUGGAGCUUACGGCGCAGGGUCAAUCGGCCACAAUCGAAAACAUUCGUUCGCGGCUACGAGCAAGAUUCACACACAUGCAGCAACCUUCGGUCGAGGUGAUUUACGAUACGCUUGUGCAGCUGAUGCAAGAGAUCAAAAUCUAUCAAACUUCAAAGGGGUACUUUAUCGUCACGCCAGAGAAACGACGUAGCAAAUCCAAACCGAUCGAUUACAGCUUUGCAAGCGACGAAAGCACACCGCCUCAAAAGGAGUCAAAGACGCUGCUAAUGAGUAGCCACGAGGCAUUGCGUAGUCUGUAUGGAGAGAUCUCGACUGAACGCGAUGGAGACCAGACCCAUCAGUGCAUUCAAACCAAUUUGGCGGAUGUGAUCUGCGGGGGUAAUCCGAACGACAAAAUCCUCUAUCCACGAAGCAACAUAAGUAAGCAGAGAAGUGCAUCGCUAGCAGGUAGCGCGAAAACACUCGAACGACGACACAGCUUACGCCUGUUUGGGUCCUCGAAACGGCUGCAACGUUCGGCGUCCACCCGCAGUCUGUCCAAGAACUAUUCCCAGACAAUCGCAAAGGACAACAACCCUUCGAUAGGGAAUAGUUCAAGCUCCGAAAAUCAGUCCAAUUGUGAUACAAAAAAACAAGCGUCUUCCCCAUCUCUACUGUCUAGGAUCUUCCGACGAAGCACUCGAUCGAAAAGUAAAUCGAAGCAGAUCGAAACCUACUCGGCACAGUUUCCACCGCCCGAAUGGUUCAACUCGAAAACUACACACCUGCACAGUGUUGGCACACAGACCAUAGAUUAUUUGGAAGUCCCAAUAAAAUCCCGCCUGAUGAACUCGACAUUUUACGACAGCUCAGAUGUAAGCCAACGAUCCCUAUCGCUACCAAGACGGCGCCAUCAUCGACGAAACCUGUCAAGCGAAUCAACAUUCUUUAUAUCUUCGCGCGAUUGUUCACCGGUGCGCCGAGGGAAAUCCCCAUCCUACUAUUGUGGCAGUUUACCGCGAUCAAUCCACUCCACACCGGCCAGUUCGGGAUACUACAAGGUGUCCCGAAGCAAGCAACUCUCCUCGGCGGAGAAGCUGCACAGCAAUAGCCAGAAUAAGAUCGAGAACAAAGCUAGUCGUGUCGGUAGCGGUCCAUCCAGUAUCGACAGUGGUAAAAUGACCUACAUAACCUCGGGACCAUCCAGUUUUGACAGCGAAAAAUUAUCGUCUACGCGAACGAGCACCCAUUCAAGCUUGGAAUCCCACGUUUCCGCUGCCACGGUUACCACGACAAUCCAACAGACGACCACUUCCAGCUAUUUCAUAGCUAACGAUACGAAACCGUCGUAUGUUAAUUCCAACGGAUCGAAGGACAAUCCGCCAUCUGCAGUAACUACCACCACCACAAAUUCUUCGAAGAGCAACCAACACUAUAAAGGGUUUGAAACAACCUUUGGGUACAAUAACCAGGCCAUCAAUACUAGCACAAACAAUCAUAGCAAUAGUAGUACUAAUAACAAUAGCAAUCUAGUUAAGAACUCAUUUAAUGCACUUUGUAAUGAAGUUAUUACAAACAACGGCAUUUUAACAAACACCAACAGUAGCAACCUAAUAAAGUUAGAAACUGAACUAUCGAAUGGGAGCAACGAGAUGGACUUUGAUCAGCUCUCAGCAUUAAACGGAACGCUUUUAAACUUCAAACUCAACUCCGAAGCAUCGUCCGAUGUUCACGAGUUAAACAAAUACAAUAAAAACAUAAACAAACAGGAAAACACACCUAUGAACAAUAGCAAAACGUUGCCAUCGACGCCUCCAGUACAACCGGCCAAUUUUUUCUACAAAAACGUCCUCAAAAACAUCCAGCACGAUGCUAAGAAUAUCUGCGGCGACCUCGCCACCGAUAAGGAUCUAACCGGUUCGAUGGCUGGUAACCUGCAGCACAACGAUCACCAAUCAAAUCUACGCCGUUCGAAUUCCGAAAUCAAAAAACUCAAUUCAAAUCUCGAUCUGAAGAAUCAAAUUUGCCCGUCAGAGAAAAUCAGCGGUUUGAUCGUGAUGAAGAAAAGCUUGUCCGUUUCCAGCGAACCGAAUCUCACCAAUCAGAUGCAGGAAACGAAUAAGAUCACGAUUUUGGUAAAGGAUUCGGAUAAACCGAACAACUCGGACCGACGGUUUUCCUUCCAGAACAAGGAAGAUCCAAUGAUCGAGGAAAUGUACGACUUUCCCAGUCUUACCGAUUUGAGCUUUAACUUCACGUCCCUGGCGGCUCAGAAGAUCCUGCAGGGCGACGCCAGUCUGAACAGUAUCGACACCCUCGUCGAGCUGAACAUCAAUCAGGAAAAGCAGCAGACAAUAAUGAAGCUGAAAAAUGACGCGCGAACCAUUGGCCAACAAGCUCAGGAUCCUAGCAAAAUCGUGACUGACUUCGGAAUGGUGUAAUGAGGACGGGAAAGCGAAAAAAUGACAAUCUUACUAAUAUAGAUUUGUAUAUUAAACCGAAGCAUAAGUGCCAAUAUUUUGAAAAACAAAAAAGUAUAACUGUAACAGCAACAUUUAUCUAAGUAUUAUAUGUACCAUUAAAUAGUUGAAACCGUUAAUUAUUUGUAUUAUACCUGCUUAAUCGCGCGAUUGUAAUCGUUUGCCGUAACUUUAUCGGAUGAUAAUGAAAAGACGAAAUACUUGAAACACGUUUACGACAUGCAAUGCGACCGCGAACGAGUCGUUCCACUACAGCAUACUAUGGCAGUAGUAAUUCAUGCUAAGUAUACUGAGUAACAAUUAUCAGCACCCAUUUACGAAAAUUGUACAAUCUUGGAACUUUGUAUAAAAAAAACCUCAUGUAUUAUUGAAUACAAUAAAAAUAAAU